CCUCCUCACGGGCCCACACAUUCUCCCUCUUCCCACGCGCGCGCGCACUCACGCGGUCCCGCACCCGCACGCGCCAUGUCGUGGCUCGCACGCUCCAUUGCGGCCACCCUCUCCUCGCCGCGCGGCGAGCUGGACUCCGACGCCGAGGAGUCCGAGCCCGAGACCGCCUCUGCUGAGAGGGCGGCGGCCCCGGAGGAGGACUCCUUGCUGCGCGGCCCCAACCCGAACCCCGACACCGAGGAGCCGGAGCAGCCCAACACCCCGAGCCGCGGCGUCAAGGACGACAUCUCCGAGUUCACCGAGACCCUCACCCGCCGCCUCUGGGGCGUCGCGUCCUUCCUCGCGCCGCCCCCGACGCUGCCGGAAUCCUCGACCCCGCGCGCGGAGGCUCCGGCGGAGGUGGAAGACAAGGAGGAAGGGAAGGAGUACGAUGGAGAUGGAGGCGAGGACGGGGAUGAGGCAGCGCAGCCUCCGCGGAUCGCGGGGAUCCGGAGCGAUCUGGCGGAGAUCGGCGGGAGGGUGAGUAGCGGCAUCUCGAUGCUGCAGAACAACUUGGCCGUGGCGGAGAUCUCCAAGAUCGCGUCGUCGCUCCUGCCGUUUGGUCAGGGGGAAGCAGACGAGGAGGAGCCGGUGGCCGGGAUCACCGAGGAGGUGGUGGUGUUCGUGAGGCACAUCUCCACGCGGCCCGAGACGUGGCUCGAUUUUCCCCUCUUCAUCAGCGAGCGCUACGCCGAUGAUUUUGAACUGUCGGAUGCUCAGUAUAUGCAUGCAUUAGCCAUAGAGCACCUUGUGCCAAGCUUAUCAGACUCAAAGGCUCAGAUUUGCUCUACUGAUAUGAGUGAGGCAUGUUUCUGGAAGAUCUAUUUUGUGCUUCUGCACUCAAAACUCAACAAGCAAGAUGCUGAACUUCUUUCAACACCACAGAUCCUAGAAGCAAGGGAAGAAUUGUUGCAAAGUUUACAGGCUCAGAAUAAGCAGGGAUCCAAGGUUCCUGGUGAAUCAUCAGAGAAUGCAAAAUUUUCCUCUGCUCCUGCUGAAGAGAAGGUGAUACAACCUUCAGGCAUCCAAGAUAAAGCUGGCAUGUCAGAGGUUUCAUCGUUGGAAGAACCCACUUCUGAUAUCAUGCCAGAAAUCGAAUCUGAAAAAUUCCCAGUGUCCACCACUGAGGUGGAAAUAGUUGACAAGUCAGUGGUCGAAGAGCUGGCAGUGAGAAACGAAAGCAAGAUCUCACCCGUUGAGUCGAAAAAAAUUCAUUUUGAGACUGACGAAGAUGAAGUCGACGAAUGGCCUGACGACGACGAGCCUGAGGCGGUGGGCGCACCAAGCAACAGGACUUCACUAGAGCAGGAGGAAGACGUGUCGUUCAGCGAUCUGGAGGACGGCAGCGACGACGAUGACAAUAAAAAGGAUGGGCAACAGGGCAAGCAGCCAAGUAACUAGGCAAGCUCAAAGUCUGGUCCCCGGUGUGCAAUUAUCUCGAUCCGGUACUCCCGCGGCCACUUGCUGGAUUCAUUUCAGUAGGGCCGAGAUCACAGCCAAGGAUCAUUGCUCUGCUAUUAUUGGACUCCGAAAGUAAUGAAUCCAAGAAGUAUCUCGGUCUCGGAUACCCUGGAAGUGGAAUCGUAAUGAUAAGCAUGCCUCUGCAGCUCGUGUUAGUGUUAAUGGCAAGCACUACAUGUGUAUUAUUGACCUCGUUCUGAGUUCUGUACAUAGAGAGAACCAUUUGUGUCUUGUGUGUAACCUACCACUGUCUAUCUGAAAUCUCAUUCUCCAUUCCUUUCGUACAAA